CCCGAGUUGUGUGGGGGCUGGCUUUGACCUGGCUUCGCUGCAAAAAUUCAAGUCGCCUGGUGAUGAUGUUGUGAAGUCGCCAGCCGGUCUCUGCCACGCCCGAAGGGUGGUUGGCAGCGGCGGCAGCCUCGGCGGCUGCUCUUGGGGUUGCCUCGGCUUUGGAGCUUUCUCUUCCCGAGGGAGUGCGGGUGGCGGACGGCAGAGCUGGGCCAUUUCUGUUAUGACUGUCCAGGGUUUGAUCAUCACAUGAGAGCACUUGUUGGCUGCAAAUGUCAUUUGACUCAUCAGGAAAAAUCUGGUUAAAAGAAAAUACCCAUAUAACCAGGUCCAUUUCCUUAUUGAAUGGCUUGAUGGAUUUCCCUGACUCUGAUUCAUACCAAAGCUGUCCUUCCCAGCCAAAGCAAGAAAGGAUCCUGCAUGAGUCAGUCCCAGAAUGCCAUUUUUACCUCACCAACAGGUGAAGAAAACCUCAUGAAUAUCAAUCACAGAGACUCAGAGAGCAUCACUGAUGUGUCCUCCAGUGAUGACCUCCCCGAAGUAGAGCUCGUGAGUCUGUUAGAAGAGCAGUUGCCCCAGUAUAAGCUAAGAGUGGACUCCCUGUUUCUCUAUGAAAACCAAGACUGGACCCAGUCCCCACACCAGCAGCAACAUGCAACUGACACUCUCUCUCCAGUCCUGGCUGAAGAGACUUUUCGUUAUAUGAAAGAGACCACAAACAGUACAGACAGGGUGGAGCAGAUGACCAGAACUUACAAUGACAUUGAUAUGGUUACACACCUCCUGGCAGAGAGGGACCGUGAUCUGGAGCUAGCUGCUCGAAUUGGACAAGCUCUCUUAAAGCGGAACCAUGUCUUAUCUGAGCAGAAUGAAUCCUUGGAGGAGCAAUUGGGACAAGCCUUUGAUCAAGUUAAUCAACUGCAGCAUGAGCUGUCCAAGAAAGAUGAGUUACUUCGAAUUGUGUCCAUUGCUUCUGAAGAGAGUGAAACUGAUUCCAGCUGUUCUACACCUCUUAGAUUCAAUGAAUCCUUCAACUUAUCUCAAGGUUUGCUGCAGCUGGACAUGCUGCAAGAAAAGCUCAGAGAACUGGAAGAGGAGAAUAUGGCCCUUAGAUCCAAGGCUUGUCACAUAAAGACAGAAACUAUUACCUACGAAGAGAAGGAACAACAGCUUGUCCAUGACUGCGUUAAGGAGCUUCGUGAAACAAAUGCUCAGAUGUCCAGAAUGACUGAAGAAUUGUCUGGGAAGAGUGAUGAACUGCUCAGAUACCAAGAAGAAAUCUCCUCUCUCUUGUCUCAGAUUGUAGAUCUUCAGCACAAACUUAAAGAACAUGUGAUUGAGAAAGAAGAACUGAGGCUUCACCUCCAAGCUUCCAAAGAUGCCCAAAGACAACUGACAAUGGAGUUGCAUGAGUUACAAGAUAGGAAUAUGGAAUGUCUGGGAAUGUUACAUGAAUCCCAAGAAGAAAUAAAGGAACUUCGUAGUAGAUCUGGCCCUGCUGCUCAUCUUUACUCCCAGUCAUAUGGCGCUUUUUCUGGGGAAUCCCUGGCAGCUGAGAUUGAGGGAACCAUGCGUAAAAAGUUGAGUUUGGAUGAAGAAUCUUCUGUUUUUAAGCAAAAAGCCCAGCAGAAACGGGUAUUUGACACUGUCAAGGUUGCAAAUGACACACGGAGCCGCGCUGCCCCGUACGCAGCCCUGCCCAUUCCAGGAUCCAACCGUUCAAGUGUCAUCAUGACAGCAAAGCCUUUCGAGUCUGGUUUACAGCAGGCAGAGGACAAAAUGCUCCUGAACCAGGCUGACAACUCAGAGGCGAAUCCGGGGAACACCCAGAAUGAAGAUCAAUCAGACCCCUCUGCAGAUAGUGAUUUGGCUACAGCAUUGCAUCGCCUGAGUCUGCGGCGGCAGAACUACUUGAGUGAGAAGCAAUUCUUUGCUGAAGAAUGGGAGCGGAAGAUUCAGGUUCUGGCCGACCAGAAAGAAGAAGUGGUUAGUGGUUGUGAUACCCCUCCAGAGAGUCUUGUCUCACUGUGCACCAACCAGUCAGAAAUCACCGACCUCAGCACUGUCAGUUGCCUUCGAGGAUUUAUGCCUGAAAAAUUGCAAAUUGUCAAACCCUUAGAAGGAUCACAAACUCUGUACCACUGGCAGCAACUUGCUCAACCAAAUUUAGGAACCAUCCUCGAUCCAAGACCAGGUGUCAUCACUAAAGGCUUUACCCAGUUACCCAAGGAUGCCGUCUAUCACCUCUCAGAUUUAGAAGAGGAUGAUGAGGAAGGCAUCACAUUCCAGGUUCAGCCACCUCUUCAAGUGGAACAGAAACCUUCAGUAUCCGAGCCAGUAACAGGAAUCUUCCUGCCGCCCAUCACUUCAGCAGGUGGGCAGGUUACAGCCGCAACCUUGAAUCCAGGAAAGUGUCUUUCAGGCACAAACUCAACCUACACCUUCACCACCUGUAGGAUAUUACAUCCUUCUGAUAUCACUCAGGUUACCCCCAGCUCUGGGUUUCCUUCAUUGUCCUGUGGAAGUAGCAGUAGCAGUUCCUCAAACACAGCGGUGAAUUCGCCAGCCAUGUCCUAUAGACUCAGCAUUGGUGAAUCCAUCACCAACCGACGAGAUUCCACUAUAACCUUCAGCAGCACCAUGGGCUUGGCCAAACUCCUACAAGAACGAGGCAUCUCUGCUAAAGUGUACCAUAGCCCCAUUUCAGAGAGCCCCCUCCUUCAGCCUCUCUCUAAAGCCCUAGCUAUCCCUUGCACCCCGCCAAACUCACCAUCUCACUCACCCUGCCCUUCUCCUUUGCCCUUUGAACCUCGAGUGCAUACCUCUGAAAAUUUUUUGGCCUCUCGACCAGCUGAAACAUUCCUCCAGGAAAUGUAUGGCUUGAGGCCUUCCCGGAACCCUCCUGAUGUUGGCCAGUUGAAAAUGAACUUAGUGGACAGGCUGAAGAGACUGGGGAUUGCCAGAGUGGUCAAGACUCCUGAUGCCCAGGAAAAUGGAAGAAGCCAAGAAGCAGAAAUUGGUCUUCAAAGACCAGGCUCUGCUGUUUAUUUAAAUUCAGGUAGCAAUUUAUUGAGUGGACUGAGAAGGAAUCAGAGUCUUCCAGUAAUGAUGGGUAGCUUUGGUACCCCAGUUUGCACACCCUCACCCAAAAUGGAUAUUCUGAAGGAGGACUGAAGACCAGCAGUUAACUGACCUCCUUUGCACAUUAGCACAUGAAGGAUAGCUUGCACUACUGGUGGUCCGUUCUGAAAGAAAAAGAAGAUUGCAGAAGGUUGUGAAUGUGAGAAAGGGAAGCAGGAAAAGAGAAUUGGAAUCAGGCUCUAAUGAAAGGGGCUUGCUAAACAGAAAGUAGACGUGAAUGACCAUGAGUCUUUAGAGAUAAGACUGAAAGAAAGAUUUAAGUAUUUGUCCAGUUGGGUUUUCUUGUCUUGGAAAUAAAAGGACUAGAACAUAAAUUUCAUAAUACUGAAAAAUACUAGAAGUCCUGAACUUGUUGCAUGCACAUUUGUUUCUAGUAAGUGUAAGCAAGGAAAGCCCAGGUUAGGGGAUGAGAAGAGAAAAUGAGGGACCUGGGGAGGUGGAUCAGGGUCCGGGGCAUGUGCAUGUAUGCACAGGACCUCAGUAAAGUCCCCACAGGGCUCCUCAUGGCCCUGGCACCACGUGCCCCUCUUCCCCAGCAUCACCGGGUACAGCUCUGGAGGCCCCACACACCACCUGGUGCCAAUCCCUAGCCCCACCCCCACUCCCAAGCACUGUCAGGCCCACGCAGUGCUGCAUCCUUGGACCUGAGGUAAUUGGUUAGCCAAGUAUUGCUGGAGGCCCCCUGGCACCCUGAGCACUACUUAGGAGUCCUCUCCCCAUCUAAAGAAAAAAGUAAGAGAAAAGGAACCGGAGCAGCUUUGCGUCUCUGGAAGGCUGCAGAAGUGAUGGCAGUCUGUUAUUGAGACAACACUGAGGUGGCUUUUAUGUUUGCCCCUGUUCCUGUCUGGUGAAAUUACGCUUCUGUCAAAUGGCUUGCUCACUGCACAAGCAAACAGGGAGUUUGACCUUUUUCAUAAGAUCUGAAGAGUGAGGACUCCCUGUUUGCUGUUCAGGCCCUUGAGCCACUGAGAACCCAAACACUCCCAUAUUCCUUUUGUAUUGUGACUUAUGGAAGUUCAUGUUUUAAAUUUGUAUUUUUAUACAACAUCCAAAAAAGGGAGGGGAAUAAAAACCAGCAUGUGUUCUGGGGUGGGAGGGUUUUACUUUAAGGAGAAAAUGUGUGAAUUGGAACACAGUAAACUUGUUUUCAGAGCAUUUCUUCUGGACAAGUGCAGUAGCCAAGGAAUAUGAAUAUAAUUAAAUGUUUUCAAUUUCAAUUUCCUUGGAAGCUGGAAGGCAAUCCCAGGUAACCAGUGUGCAAUCAAUAGGAAUUAGGAAAUUUAUGUAUGUAUUUAUGUAUGUAAAUUUUUUGUAAGGAAAGUUGGCUGCAACUGAACUUUUCCCAAAGUGUGCUAUGCAUAUUUUUAAUGAAAGAUUACUUGUAUUUGCACAAAAAUUCUCAGGCAAAUUAAAUUAUUAUAAGCUGAAAUAAAAUCCAGGUGCUUGAUUGUGGGUUUUUCUUAAUGUAAGAUAAAAUUAAAACUCAUCUGCCUCCUUUUUCUUGAUAUCUUUAGAAUGAAUAGCCUUUCUAAUGGGAGAGUCAAAAGCUUUUCCUUUUUCUCUGGCAUUUUUUUUUCUUUUUUAACAAGCUUUGUAAAAUGAUAAAGUAAAACAAGAUUGGAUUUCAGCAUUAUUCUUUUGGAUGCAAGUAUUUAAGGAAGAAGCGGCUGUUUUAUGAAGGUUGCUGAUCAAGGUCUGCCCCUUGUCAGAAGACAGGGCUUCAUCUAGACAGAGCAGUUCAGACAUAACUUUUUAUGAAAUGAGGGAAGGAACGAAGUAGUGACUAUUUUUCUGUAGGAUAUAAGACAUCAUCUCUCUGGUGCUGAGUUCGCAUAUGCUUUCUCAUUUAUCCUGACUUAACUGAAAGUCAGCUUUCAGAGAGAUUUCUGAUGAGAAAUUUGCUUCUGGGGUUCCCACAGAUAUCCACAGAGAAGAUGUUUCUUCCUUCUCUCCUUUAAGAUACCUCUCCUGCACCAAGAACUUGUACUCAGAAUAGAAAAGGUAGUGUGCAUGCACUGGUAGGAGUGUUAGUUUUUUUAUGUUGUUUAGAGUCUCUUAAUAAACAUUUCCAAAUAAUGUUUUUAACACAAAGUGAGUGCCCUUUCCCCAGUCUCUAAACUUCAUCAAUCAAUGCCACGGCUAGCAGACUGAAGCAGACACAGUCAGAAUCCCAGCAGGCCCAGAGUGAAUGUAAGUGAUGCCGAAUGUCAGAAGGAUGAAGGAUGACUGAUGUUUUAGUUUCUAAGAUAUCCCAAUUCACUUUUUCAAAAAUAGUAUUUAAAUUUCUAUUUUAUAAAAAUACUGGGGUGCUUAUGUUUGCCAGUUCUUAAAACUUAUUUAUUCUCUCAAAAAAUAAUCUUCCUGUUUCCAGUUUCUAAAUAACACCAAGAAGUAGUGAAAUGGAGAGCCAGAGAGUAGUACCCCCCAUUAAACUUCCAGAUUUAUGUACGUCACUUAAGUGGCUCUAAAUUAAGGUAGAUUUUGGAGUGUUCCAAAUAAUUAGUCCACUUUCUUAUAACGAGUGCUAACAUGAUCAGUUUGCCUCAUAAAGUUGAGGGCAUAGUCAUAGCCAAAAAGCACAUCUGAUUAAAGAGAAUCAGACUUAGGUUUUUGAAAAUUAAACUGAUGGUGAUGUUUCAGCAGAAGCACAAUAAUUUCCUAUUGGUGCAUGCUUAUCACUUGAUGAAUCCUCUUUGAAACUGGGUUCUGCCAUUUUAAAAUUUUCCACCUAAAAUCAUUUUGGAUACAGCCUGAGAAUCUCUAUUAUAACAAAAUUGUGUGCAAACUAUAGUAAAAAGGAACUGGAGCCUUACAGCAAUUUCUUCCUCAGUCUGUUUAAUACUAUUCCCAUUUUCAUAUUUUCUAUAAUUGUGUAGAAAACUUUAGUAUUUUUUUUCUCAAAAAAGGUUCUCGGUGAUUAUACCUCAGGUAUUUCUGAGUAUCCUGUAAUCUAGUAGGGUGAUACUUUCCAGAACUCAGAAUUGAAAGUUUUUCUAAAUUAUGAUGACCCAAAUCUUAUGUAAAAAUAGCCUUACACAUGGGUCUGACAGAAGUUAAUUACCAUAGUUUAAGUAGAUUUGGGUUUUUUGUGUUUUUUUUUAAGUUUUAUACUAUAUGUCUUUGACAUGAAUAACACACUUUGGCUAAGGAAGGAAGUUAAAGGCAGCUCACAAGAACCUGUUCUCAAUAAGAGGUGUAUUUUGUACAGUAUUCAAAGCCUGUUCUCUUUUUCUGAGCAUUCAAGUACACAGCUAGUACUUAGUAUUACUAACAUUGACAUCUGAAACUAGAGCUCUUUGUGAUCAGUAGUUCGCAUCUUUGAUGUCAGAUGCAUGCAGGCUUGUCAAAUUUCACAACAGUGUAUGCACUGUGUGGUUGCAUUACAUUGCCCAACCACCUAGGAGGGGCAGAAGUGCCCUCUGGGGCACCCAACAAAUACUGUUGUUUGAUACCUAGAACUGGACUUUGUCAAACAGCUCUUUGUGCACCUACCUUUGCUUUGUCAAAUGUAAAUCAGAUAAUAAACAUGAGUAUCUUAACUUUU